AUGCUCGCAGCAAUCUCCAUCCCCACACUUCUGCUUCUGGCUAGCGUUGCCGUUGCCCAAGACGAUACACCCUCAGUCGCGACCUCGCCAUUCGUCAGUCCCACGCCCGAGUCUGAAGCACUGUAUACUAUUCAGACUCAGACCGCUACUGAUGAUGUCGACCCAUGGUCGUGCUACAUGGAGUGCGUUCAGCCUCCAUGCCCGGCAUGCACCGGCAGCAUGAUGAGCGUUCCCCCGGUUUCUAUGCCCAGUGUAACGGACGUGUCCGUCAUCCCUCCGGUUUCCAUGCCCACCGUGACGGACGUGUCAAUUCCACCACAGUCUGGCAUCUCCGUCGUCACAACGCCUGUUCCUAUGCCCACUGUAACGGACGUAUCAAUCCCCCCUCAAGACUCCACUGGCGCCAUGUCAAUUCCUGAGGGCGAGACACCCAUCUCUAGCGGCGCUGUUGACACGCCUUCUUCGAGCCUUGGCUCGGCCGCGAGUGCGACUAGCUCUGGUCUACCAGAGCAGACAGAAAACGCUGCCGCAGCGAGGGGUCGCGACAUGCCCGUCGUUGUCGCUAUUGCCGGCGCUCUGGCUUUCUUGUGA